CUAUUUUCUCUUUCAGAUCGUCCGAUGAGCGUGUCAGUAUCAAUGAGUCCCUCUGGUGAAAUAAAGGAGGGCAGUUCAGUGACUCUGACCUGCAGCAGUGAUGCCAACCCACCAGUGCAGAACUACACCUGGUUUAGGAAGAAUGACACUGGAGCCUGGCAGGCUGGAUCUGGACAGAGUUUGAACUUUUCUAACUUUGGAUCCUGGAACAGAGGACAGUACUACUGUGAGGCACAGAACAGACUUGGAGCUCAGAAUGCUUCUGCUCUACUGGUCCUAAUACAAGACUUGCAGACAGGAUCAGAAAGGAUUGUGAGCUUUUCCAACUUUACAUCUUGGAUCUUUGGACAGUACUACUGCGUGGCACUGAACACACAUGGAGAUCAGACCUCUGCUGGUAUGUCAAUCAAUAGACACACAGAAGAUAAGACAGCGCUUGUAUGGAGGGUUGUUGGAAUCACAGUGGCUUUUGCACUCUUUACUGUCAUGGUGUGCACAAGCAGGAAGAACAGCACCAACAGAGAGAGAGGGAGGAGCAGACGCUCUCGUACUAGCAGAGCCUUCAGAGAGUGACAAACGCAGCCAGCGACACAAACUCUGCGCUUCAGAGAGCUGACGAGGCCUCAGGGUGGGAUUAAAACACACAGAGGAGAGAAUCUGCAGAGAAUGAGAAAUGAUGGAGAUCAGGGUGAAAGAGUCUCUUUUUGUGUUUAACUUUACAGAACUGCUGUCUAUUUCUGCUAGCUUAUCCAAUUUAUAAAGGGCUGUUGGUGGAGGAUUUUUCCCAGAGUACUGUA